AUGGAAGGUCUGAUUCAAACCAGAGGAAUCCUCUCUCUACCGGCGAAACCCAUCGGAGUGAGAAGUCUUCUCCAGCCGUCUCAUGGCUUAAAGCAAAGACUUUUCACCAGAAACCUACCUGGGUUAUCGAUAUCCUCUAAAGGGCUCAAGAAAUCUCAAGCCUUUCAGCUCAACCCACACGGGAUUUCCGUUUCCCACAAGGAGAGAAGCAGAGGAUUCAUCUGCAAGGCGGAGGCUGCGGCCGCCGGAGACGGAAAUGGAAACGUGUUCGGCGAAGGAGACUCGGCGGCGAUUUCGGCGUCGCCUAAGAUCUUCGGUGCGGAGGUCACGACUCUGAAGAAGAUUAUCCCUUUGGGGCUCAUGUUCUUCUGCAUUCUCUUCAAUUACACAAUCCUGAGGGACACGAAGGAUGUUCUGGUGGUGACGGCGAAAGGAAGCUCUGCUGAGAUUAUUCCGUUUCUCAAGACAUGGGUGAAUCUUCCUAUGGCUAUUGGGUUUAUGCUGCUAUACACAAAGCUCUCCAAUGUUCUCUCCAAAAAGGCUCUCUUUUACACUGUGAUUGUCCCUUUCAUUGUCUAUUUCGGAGCCUUUGGUUUUGUUAUGUACCCUCUUAGCAACUUGAUUCACCCUGAAGCGCUCGCUGAUAAGCUCCUUGCAACACUCGGCCCCAGAUUCAUGGGUCCUCUCGCUAUCAUGCGGAUUUGGAGUUUCUGUUUGUUCUAUGUCAUGGCUGAGCUUUGGGGUAGCGUUGUGGUUUCAGUUCUCUUCUGGGGAUUUGCCAAUCAGAUCACAACUGUUGACGAAGCCAAAAAGUUCUAUCCUUUGUUUGGGCUAGGAGCCAAUGUUGCCCUUAUCUUCUCAGGAAGAACAGUGAAGUAUUUCUCAAACAUGAGAAAGAAUCUUGGUCCUGGAGUUGAUGGUUGGGCUGUUUCGUUGAAAGCCAUGAUGAGUAUUGUGGUGGGGAUGGGCUUAGCCAUCUGUUUCCUCUACUGGUGGGUCAAUAGAUACGUCCCUCUCCCUACCCGUAGCAAGAAGAAGAAGGUGAAGCCACAGAUGGGAACGAUGGAGAGCUUGAAGUUCUUGGUGUCAUCACCAUACAUCAGGGAUCUUGCUACUUUGGUGGUCGCGUAUGGAAUCAGUAUCAACCUCGUUGAAGUCACAUGGAAAUCAAAGCUUAAAGCUCAGUUCCCUAGCCCGAACGAGUACUCAGCAUUUAUGGGAGACUUCUCAACCUGCACUGGUAUUGCAACAUUCACAAUGAUGCUUCUCAGCCAAUACGUAUUCAAAAAGUACGGUUGGGGAGUAGCUGCAAAGAUCACACCAACCGUUCUGCUGUUAACCGGAGUUGCCUUCUUCUCUCUGAUACUCUUUGGUGGCCCGUUCGCACCACUGGUUGCCAAGCUUGGUAUGACACCGUUACUCGCAGCUGUCUACGUUGGAGCCCUCCAGAAUAUCUUCAGCAAGAGUGCCAAGUACAGCUUGUUCGACCCUUGCAAAGAAAUGGCUUAUAUCCCAUUAGAUGAAGACACCAAGGUUAAGGGCAAAGCUGCGAUUGAUGUGGUCUGCAACCCAUUGGGGAAAUCAGGAGGUGCUCUGAUCCAGCAGUUCAUGAUCCUUACGUUCGGCUCACUCGCCAAUUCCACUCCUUACCUUGGAGUCAUCCUGCUCGGUAUAGUCACUGCUUGGUUAGCCGCGGCUAAGUCGCUGGAGGGACAGUUCAACACUCUCAUGUCUGAAGAAGAGCUUGAGAAGGAGAUGGAGAGAGCUUCAUCGCUCAAGAUUCCUGUUGUGUCUAAGGAGGAAGCUGCACCAGGAGAAUCUACAGGCCAACUGUCAGAGAGAUCUUCUCCGAGCAGCAGCAUUUAG